AUGACAUCGCUUGGUAACCGAAACCAUUUUGCGCUCAGUCCUCAUGCAGAUCGUAUGAAUGAGGUGUUGGCGCUUGGGCUGAGGGUAGAGGGAAUAAAUGGCCGCCUUUGGUCUUAUUGGUGGAACAUAGAAGUGAGACCUAUAAACUAUUUUGCUCAGCCAAUCAACCGUGUUUUUCAUCCUAGCCUUACUUGCUCAGUGCAGUUCAACCAAAGAGUGCAUUUAGAGCACAUAUCCAGCGAUAAGCAGCGCGUGUACGUAUACUGGGCGUCUCUCGGACCAAGGACUGGCGACAUUCAUGUUUAUUUCUGUGCUGAAUAUGAGAAUGUAAAAGAGUUCUGUGGCGUGCACACUAGGACUUACCAGGACGCGGAUCGCGUCUUUUCGUCCACUCUGGCGUGCUUUCAGCGUACUGAAUGGACCCAUAAGGUCGCGGCGACCAAUGCGAUAUAUCCUGCUUGA